AUGCACUCAUUUAUUAGUGCCAGGUCUGCUUUGGCUGUUGCAUUUCUCGCCGUUGUAUUUCCUGUCGUCACACGUGCGAUCUCGUCUAUGAUAUACCUCAUCCUCCUUUCUCCUGUGAUCAUACUUUUUGUGGCACUCUCGUUUCAUAGGAACGCACUCACACAUGCAACUAAACCUCUUGCCUUCUCAACUCCCACAGCAUGGAUGGAAACUCCACAAUCAUUAUCACCUUUCGACCUUGACCUACCUGUUGUGUCGUCUACCCUCAUCAGCAUUGUGAUUCUCGUCGUACACGACUUCGUACUCACCUGGUACAAAGACAUAUCACCAUUCCUUUCCUUUCCUACGGCAGUUUAUUUGCGACUUCUGCAAACAGCCGCAACCGUUGACCUUUCUGCUCUCCUAGUGAAGCAAAUUUUUCCCAAAGUCACACUUCGUGUAGCCCUGAAACGUCAUCUCACGCAAUCCAAGGAGUUGGACAUAUUCAAACCAAAUCCUGCAGUGGAGAAUCUGUCUUCUACAUUUACGGAACAGAAUGAAGAAAUACAUCUUAGAACAAUUGCGGAGCGGAUGCUCUCGCAUGUUCUUCCAGAACAGGAGGCCCACAGUAAGGUCCUCAGAGUAGUUGUCCGAGAAAUCUUGGUAUGCAUGGUGCUGUAUCCGAUCAUGGAUAUGGUGAGCGAUCCUGAUUUCUGGAAUCGGAUGAUUGAGCAGGUGGCAGGUGCUGCAAUACACCAGCAGAAACUCAUAUCUCGAGUGAGAAACACUUUAGAAGCACAAUCACCCCACCAGCACAACCGCCUUCCUUCAACAAUUUCAACUGGUGACACCAUCACGGUAAGAACUGAUAUGCGACAGCUCGAGUCGUUCCUCCGGAGUAUCAAUCAUUGUUCAUCACUUCUGGAUGCUUGCCGCCCGAAGAAUGAUAUCAUGGGAGAAAUCUGGAGAAUGAGGUUACUUCUUGGUUAUGACGAGAAGACAGAAGACGUAGUAACUUUCCUCGACAGGCUUUAUACUUCCAAAAGGACUGUUGAACAACAAAUAGUAAUAUUGGGUAGCGAAGACUCGCCAGCUGCCUCGCCUGAGUCUGGUUUGCGGACCCAAGUCGCUCUACAUGACAUUUUGAGCAACCUGGCAUCACUCUCCUACUUCAUGGAAUUUAUGGAUCGUCAGCACCACUCGCUCCUGGUUCGCUCCUUGACGCUCAAAGAGGACAUUUCGAUGAUUAAGGAUCUUGAAUUCCUCAUCACACCACCCCAUCCUGCCUUAUCAUCCAUCUCUAAAAAGCACAUCGAUAUCAUAUACUCUCAUGCACAAAUUGAGAUUUCUCAGGGACCUUUGGAGGACAAGAAAAGACAGGUUCAACAGGCGAUGGAACAGGACUUUGAGGACCUUCAGAGAUCCGAACUGUGGUUCCGAAUAGCCAAGGAUUUCAAUCAAGCCAAUGCUAAAUUAUUGGAGCCCCCCACAGGUCGUAUCCUGGUACAUUCGAUGUCAUCACUGAUGCUGCUGGCAUCACGUCCUCUUGGCAUUGGAUCUGUCCACAUUUUCUGCUCAGAAUCUUCCCCUUCUUUGAGCUCUGUGGUUCAGUGCAUAGAAAACCCACUGACGACCAGGACAGAGGCGGGAAUCACCACCUCAGCGCGACUUCACUCAACAAGGGCAAUUUCAGUGAUGAAGAAGAUAUGA